AUCAACCUGAAUGUCUACAAGCGCUGGGAGAUUUGAUUAAUCUUGCUCAGCAUCUUCGAAAUUUGAAGAAAAUGAUUCCAGAGGAGAAGGAAAAAUUUACGAUAGCCAUUCAGUUCAUUGUUGAAGGCUCAAUUACUUGCCUUCGUCAAUCAGAGGAUAACAAGCUUUUCAGGUUUAUCAAAUCUUCAAUCAAUAAUGAAAAUUUGAUGAGUCUUCGCAAGAGAAUAAAUGAGUUGUAUCUAGAUCUUAUGUUGACCACUAUCAUAGACAUGAGGAAGGACAUACCCAGUUACCUUCCCAUACCAAAUGCCGUCUAUCCAGUGAGAGCAGUUGGGAUUGAGAUGCAAGUGAACGAAAUAUUGGAUAUUCUGAGAAGCACAGAUCAGUUAUCACUAGCCGUAGUAAUUUAUGGUUUCGGAGGCCUAGGAAAAACCACACUCGCAGAAGCUGUGGUUUCAAAAAUGGAUCUAAAGAAUUAUAAUUACUCUACUAUUGAGAUAUAUCAAGAGCAAGAGAAGAAUGAUUUUACAAGAUCACAACAGCGAAUUUUGAAAGAUUGUUUCCCAAAUUAUAAUGGUGGCAAACCGGUAGUGUUAACAGAUUAUAAAGAUGGUCGAGGUCAUCUUUGGAAGGCUUUUAAAUGUCAAAAAGAAAAACCUAUUUUUCUUUUCAUUGACAAUGCAUUACGGUUAGCAGACCUGAAGAACCUUCUGCCGGAGGAGUUGGAAGACCUUCCUAGAGGUAGCAAGAUUCUGGUAACAACAAGAAUUUUACAAGCUACAGACAUUUUUGAAGGUCAACCCAACCUUGUGCGCAGACCCUGUCAUCUGCAGCCUCUGCCUGAUGAAGAGACAUCAAAAAUUUUGUUCAAAAACCAAGAUAAAGCUGCAACCAUAAGAAAAGAAGAUUUAAAAAGAAUCUUAAAGAUUUGUAGCGGAGUACCACUAGCCCUCAAAAUUGUUGGUGCUCAACUACAUAAGCAAAAUUAUCGAGUUGACAGGUGUAGUAACAUCCUGGAAAUUUUGGAAAAGGGGGACACGAUCAAAGAAGAAAAGUUGAGCGAGCGCCUUGUUGAUUUCGUGUAUGGUGAGUUGGAAGUCUACAGUCGGGAAGCCUGGCUUGACAUAUGCUGCUUUUUUAGCAAAUGGAGUCGUCAAGAUGUGGAAUACAUUGUGGGAGCAAUGGCAGUAACAUCUCUUCUUGAAACGGGAUUGAUCAGCUCAACUCUUAAGCGCAAUCAUCCCGCUUGGGAGGAGUUAAUUGUUCAUGAUAUCAUCAAAGCAAAAGGGCAAGCCUUAGCAAAAGGCAAUAGAAUCUUGGAUGUCCAAUCCUUAAGUGAAGCGGUAGACGAACAGAGGCUCCAUCAAAUUAAAGGAGUCUGGCUCUCUGAAGAUGGUAUUGAGGAAAAACACUUAAAGCUAAUGAGAAAAUCAUUAAGAGUUCUGGCAUUGGGAGAAGGAAUGGAAGCGAAUAGAGUAAGUCAGAUGAGAUUUGAAGAAUUGAAGUUUCUUCAGCUAUCCGGUAACAUUGCUCAGUUGGACAAGCUUGAUAAAUUGCGGGUGUUCCAUGGGCCUUUCUUCACUGAAGGUGGAGUUACUCUGUGUAAGCUUCCUAGAAACUUAUCAUCAAUGAAGGUCAUUUGCCAAUUCCAUUCCUCUGAAUGCACAAACUCUCAGAUGAGAGGAGCUUCUCCAUGUCCUCCUUUGGAGAAACUAGAUUUCAGUGAGUUGGUUGUGCCGCUCAAGCUACCAGAGGGGUUUAAUCAGUUAGUGGCAUUGAAUAUUUUGAUUCUUGAUGACAAUGAAAAAAUGCGGGAGCUGCCUGAGCAAAUCUGCCAACUGCCUGCUUUAGAGGUACUGAGUAUGAGGAGGUGCUGGCGUUUAAAACGUCUACCAGAAUCCAUAUUUGGACUACUUUAACGUAUUUGGACUUGUCCAAUUGCACAGAGCUCCCAUAUUUGUGUGAUACUUUUGGACAACUCACAAAUUUAAGGGAUUUAAAUUUAUUUGAGUGUCAUAAAUUAGAAACUUUGCCCGACAGUUUUGGCCAACUCACAGUUUUGGCCAACUAAC